UUUAAAUUAUAAGUGAUGGCUGCUUUAGCGAAACUGUGCUGGAAUGGUCCACUAAUGUGUUUAAACCAUGGAGGCAAACCCAGCAAAGUAAACUUGUUGCAAAAUCCUCAAUGCUCGAGCCUGCAACUUCAGAGGCUAUACUCCGACAAGUGUGAGAAUUAUGUAGUAGUCAUGUUGCGGCAUGGUCAAUCCGACUGGAAUGAGAAGAAUCUGUUCUGUGGCUGGUACGAUGCCCAGUUGACUGAGAAGGGGCGCAAGGAAGCCUGCGCUGCAGGCAAGGCCAUCAUGGAUGCCAAUCUAAAGUUUGACAUGGCGUACACAUCGAUGCUAACACGCGCCCAGGAUACACUCCAAUUGGUGCUGGAAGUGAUUGGGCAAGAGGAUAUACCCGUACAUAAAUCGUGGCGCCUCAAUGAGCGUCAUUAUGGCGGCCUGACGGGUCUCAACAAGGCGGAUACGGCCAAAAAAUUUGGCGAGGAAAAGGUGAAAAUUUGGCGACGCAGUUUCGAUACGCCGCCUCCACCCAUGGAGAAGGAUCACAAGUACUACGAAUGCAUUGCGAAGGAUCCGCGCUAUUGUGACGAGCCCAAAUCCUCCGAGUUUCCAAAAACGGAAUCCCUCAAACUUACCAUCGAACGAACUCUGCCCUACUGGAACGAUAUCAUUGUGCCCCAAAUAAGACAGGGCAAGAGACUGAUUAUAGCUGCACAUGGCAAUAGUCUGCGUGGCAUCGUUAAGCACUUGCAAAAUAUAUCCGAUAAGGAUAUUAUGAAUCUGAAUCUACCGACGGGCAUGCCCUUUGUUUACGAGCUGGAUAGUUGCAUGGAGGCUGUGUCGCCUAUGAAAUUCCUUGGUGAUCCCGAAGCUGUGAAGAAAGCGAUGGAAGAUGUGGCCAAGGAGGGCAAGGCAAAGUAAAUGGUUAACUGAUUUGUGAGCGGGGUCAAAGGUUAGACACAUUUGCGACAGUCGCAGCCAAAUAAAUUGCUAUAAAUACAAGAAGAA